CCCCUCCCUGACUCUCUCUGCAGCCAGAUUUACUGCCAUGGGGAGCUCCUGCACCAAGUUCAGAUGGCCAAGCUCUACCAGGACGACAAGCAGUUUGUGGACCAGCCACUGUCCUCAGCUCCAGACCAAGUUUUGCAGCGCUUCAACGAGCUGGCCGAGGCCCACAACCACAGCAUCCCUCAGCAGCAGCUGCAGCUGUUUGUCCAAGAACAUUUCCAGCCCGUGGGGCAGGAGCUGGAGUCCUGGACUCCUGAAGACUGGAAAGACAGUCCCCAGUUCCUGCAGACAAUCUCAGACCCCAACCUGCGAGCCUGGGCAGGGCAGCUGCACCAGCACUGGAAGAAUCUGGGAAAGAAGGUGAAGCCAGAGGUCCUCAGCCACCCUGAGCAGUUCUCUCUGAUCUACUCAGAACACCCCUUCAUUGUGCCUGGCGGGCGCUUUGUCGAGUUCUACUACUGGGACUCCUACUAGGUGAUGGAGGGUCUGCUCCUCUCUGAGAUGCCCGAGACAGUGAAGGGCAUGCUGCAGAACUUCCUGGACCUGGUGCAAACCUACGGACAUAUCCCCAAUGGGGCCCGCGUGUACUACCUGCAGCGGAGCCAGCCCCCACUCCUGACCCUCAUGAUGGACCGCUAUGUGACUCACACCAACGACACCGCCUUCCUACGGGACAACAUUGAGACCCUGGCCUUGGAGUUGGACUUCUGGGCUGAGAACAGGAGCAUCUCUGUGAGCUCAGGGGGAAACAGCUACGUCCUGAAUCGCUAUUAUGUCCCUUAUGGAGGACCCAGGCCAGAGUCCUACAGCAAAGAUGCAGAGCUGGCAGACACCUUGCCAGAAGGGGACCGGGAGGCUCUGUUCACCGAGCUCAAGGCUGGGGCCGAGUCUGGCUGGGACUUCUCUUCACGCUGGCUCAUCGGAGGCCCAAACCCCGAUUUGCUCAGCAGCACCCGAACCAGCAAAUUUGUGCCUGUUGACCUCAAUGCCUUCCUAUGCCAGGCAGAGGAGCUGAUGAGCAACUUCCACGCCAGACUGGGAAAUGACACCCAAGCCACAAAGUACAGAAAUUUGAGGGCACAGCGCUUAGCUGCCCUGAAGGCCAUCCUGUGGGAUGAGGAGAAAGGUGCCUGGUUUGAUUAUGACCUUGAGAACGGAAAGAAGAACCCAGAGUUCUAUCCAUCCAACCUCGCUCCACUCUGGGCCGGCUGCUUCUCUGACCCGGGCGACGUGGACAAGGCUCUGAAAUACCUGGAGGACAGCCAGAUCCUGACCUACCAGUACGGGAUCCCGACCUCUCUCCAGAAUACAGGCCAGCAGUGGGACUUCCCCAAUGCCUGGGCCCCCCUGCAGGACCUGGUCAUCAGAGGUCUGGCCAAGUCUCCCUCACUUCGGGCCCAGGAAGUGGCUUUCCAGCUGGCCCAGAACUGGAUCCGAACCAACUUUGAUGUCUACUCCAAGACGUCAGCCAUGUAUGAGAAGUAUGACAUCAGCAACGGUGGACAGCCGGGUGGUGGAGGGGAGUAUGAGGUUCAGGAAGGGUUUGGCUGGACCAAUGGAGUGGUCCUGAUGCUCCUGGACCGCUAUGGUGACCGGCUGAGCUCAGGGACUCAGACAGCUUUCCUGGAGCCUCACUGCCUUGCAGCUGCCCUUCUACUUAGCCUCCUGCUCAGCCUCCUGCCACAGUGACCGGCCUCACUGCCCCGUCUGCCUUCACUUCCUCCUCUGCCUCCAGCUCCUGCCUCAUUAAACUUCUGAGUUCCCACCUGCUCCUGCCUCUUCAUCCUCCAUCCCUGGAGACCUCAUGCCCUCCUAUGUCCCUAGCCGGUCCUCAGUCAUUGUGAAGUGGGGGCAGGGUAGGGACC